GAAUGUUAGGGAGUAUUGAGUGUUGAGUAUUGCAUGACUAGUAGUGACUUGUAUUGACUCAAUCAGUGAGACAUCGGUUUGUCAUUCAUUAGUCGUUUCGUAUAAUUAGUUGAAUUAAUUGUGGGAUUAAGUGAUUGAGUGAUCGUUGGAUUAGUGGUCACAUAAUCGACAUAAUGUUCAGUUGGCUCAGCGCUAGUAAUGACCGCAAACGACAACCGGAGCUCUUCAUCAAUGUUGUGGAAGGACUCAAACGGAUCUAUAAGUCGAAGAUUCUUCCGCUGGAAGAGCACUAUCUGUUCCAUGAGUUCCAUUCGCCGCCAUUAGAAGACGCGGACUUUGACGCCAAACCGAUGGUCCUUCUCGUCGGCCAAUACUCGACGGGAAAGACGACAUUCAUUAAGUACUUACUCGAGCGGGACUUUCCCGGCAUUCGGAUCGGACCCGAGCCGACCACCGAUCGCUUCAUCGCCGUUAUGCACAACGACAACGAAGGCGUGAUUCCCGGCAACGCUCUGGUGGUGGACCCGAAGAGACAGUUCCGACCGCUGGCCAAGUUUGGCAACGCUUUCCUCAACCGUCUGCAGUGUUCGCAACUCAACUCUCCGGUGUUGGAGAGCAUCACAAUAGUGGACACUCCGGGCAUAUUGUCCGGUGAGAAGCAGAGAGUGGAUCGCGGCUAUGAGUUCACCGGUGUCUUGGAGUGGUUCGCCGAACGCGUCGAUCGCAUUGUCCUCCUCUUCGAUGCCCACAAACUGGACAUUUCGGACGAAUUCCGCCGCUCUAUAGAAGCUCUUCGCGGACACGACGACAAGAUCCGGAUUGUGUUAAACAAAGCCGAUAUGAUAGACCAGCAGCAACUCAUGCGAGUCUACGGCGCUCUCAUGUGGUCGUUGGGCAAAGUGCUGAACACACCAGAAGUGGCCCGCGUUUACAUCGGCUCCUUUUGGGACCAACCGCUCAGAUAUGACUACAAUCGCAAACUGUUUGAAGCCGAAGAACAGGACCUGUUCGGUGAUAUUACAAGCCUUCCACGUAAUGCUGCGCUUAGAAAACUGAACGAUUUAAUUAAAAGGGCACGACUUGCGAAGGUUCACGCGUAUAUCAUUAGUUCAUUACGAAAGGAAAUGCCGUCCGUUUUUGGCAAAGAGUCCAAAAAGAAGGAAUUGAUUAAACAUUUGGGAAACAUA